GAACAGCACUUGGAGUGCAAAGAGUGGCAAAUCUUAGGUCCCUUGGGCAUCGAGGUAGUCCAAGAGUUCUCACUGCCACUGGGACGUCUUUGCGUCAGCGUGGGAUCUGUGGAACGCUUCACAGGCGAUGCCAUUGUGAACGCCGCCAACGAGGCUUGUCUGGGUGGCGGAGGUGUAGAUGGCGCGAUCUCCAAAGCCGGUGGCAAGAAGCUGCUGGACGCGCGCAAAGGCCUUCCGGCCAAGAGUGGAAAGAGAUGUCCCACACGACACGCCGUCGUGACGACCGGCGGGGACCUAGCAGCGAAGUGGUGCAUCCAUGCCGUGGCGCCGCGGUACCCUGGAAAGGGCACCCCAGGGGAGAAGAAUGCGGCACAACUGGCGGACUGCGACGCCCUACUGGAAGGUGCUGCCCAAAUGGCCAUGAAACUGGCAGCAGAAAAGAGGGUGAAGACCAUCGCUUUUCCCAUCCUCGGCAGUGGCAUCUUCCGGGGCUGUCGGUCAUUGAAGGAGGUGGUGGCUGCGAAUCUGCGUGGCAUCUGCGCUGGAGCCUAUGAAGGGCCCCCUGCGGAAGUAGCGGAAGCGGUGGCGGGAGGGGCGGCGGAAGCGGCGCCGGCAGCGCCCAGCCUGGUGCGGGUGGCGUCAGAACAAGUGCAAGCGGUCUUCCGCGAGUGGGACACCAACAUGGAUGGCUGUCUCAGCGUCGCCGACAUGUCUCGUGUGCUGGCAGAGAUUGGCAUCAGCAAGGAGGAUGCCGAGAAACUCUUCAACGAGGCGGAUCUCAACAAGGAUGGCAUGCUUGACUACGCAGAAUUUACUCAGUGGCUCUACACUGACUCCAACAAAGAGUUCAGAGACCACGUGUUUCACAAAAGGGCCCGGUUGCAGCGUUUCACCGGGAUGG